GUGGCGUUAAUCCUGGAAAGAUGUGUGGUUGUUCGUGUCCUGGUGGCGGUUUGUGUGAAUGAUCUGGCCAGAAAUCGCGGUUGCAGCGUUUGCUUUCCAUGCACAGCGCGAAUCUUCCACAAGCUCCCGCAAUUCACUUCCAUGCUUCCUUCACCUCUCUUCGAAUCCAUACCCUUCGCCUCUCUUCCCACCUUUCUCCUGAACUUCUCCUUCCACUCGCCCAGACACUGUCCAACCAUCAACACAACUCCCCUCUCAGGAGUCCGUCCAUCUCCGACCCUCCCUCUGAGAGUGCCUCAACACAACCAACCAUGUCGUCUCCUCGUGCCCAGAUCGCACCAGAGACUCCUCGUGCAUCCGCCGGGAGAGACAGCCCCCCCUUGCGCGCCCCAGGAAGUAUCGAAGGCAGCACCGCUUCCGAAUCGUCGAGCCCAGGCGCCGAUGAGGGCAACAACGACAUCUUCCACGCUGGCAACCUCACACUCGACAAAAACUGGCCGUCCAUCGAUCUGAACGAAAUAUCAGCCGGCCAAGCAGUCAUCUACAACCGCCUUGGUCUCCUGACGUCCGCCAUCAACGCCCAGUCCCGUGCGAUCGAGGCUCUCGCCGCGGCCAAUCGUAACACUACCAUUGGUCCCAAAGCUCGCAAAGUUCGCAAACCCGGAAUGGUGGAUGGGGAGGGACAGCAACUGAUCGAGACUAUGCUCAAGAAGCACGCCGCGUUGAUGAAGCGUGUGGUGUUGGACUACGCCGCGAAGGUCGACGCCGAAGAUGGUGACACGCUCAUCGAAAACCCCGGCGAGAAGAUGUACCUUCAAGCAGUGGUGUACAAGAAAGCCCUCGUCAAAGCAGCUCCAGUUGACGAGACGGUGGAGGGGCAGACUCAGCCAAGUGUGAAAAGUGUCGAGCGCAUCCUGGACAGCAUGAACACGGCGACCUACCGUACGCUGUACCAGAUCGUGGUCAAGACGUAUCUUCCAGGCACCAUCAUCAGCGUCAGCAAAAGCAGCUCGAGCGAUGAGGAUGAGGCUGCGUUGGAUGCUUGAUGUGAUGAUGUGGAUCGAGGAGGAAUGGAGUUGGACGGAUGAGGUGGAACGCGCUGGAACGAUUGGGGCAGGUAUUCCGAGUGUACUCAUCCCGUCGAACAGACGUCUUCUUGUUGACGGUUCGUAAGACGAGAAGGAUAUUGGGCAGAGGGGCUUCUCUUGGUCACCGUCUUGAGCGAUAAUCGAGGCAAAAGCAAUGAAAACAGUAUUCACAAUCUUCCCUCAUGGUCUUGAUCUUGAAUCAUCGACCCGGCUUCCAACUGUUGUCUAUGUGCGCAACGUAGCGAAUUAUGUCCCGAUCC